ACGACCGUAGACUGCCAAACGGACCGAGCGCUAAAUUCAGUUGUAUUUUCGGCGAUAAAACGCCUAUUUCAAGUCAAGAUGAACGGUUCUUCGGGUUCCACCAAGAGAUCGAGAGAACCAGACUCCGAAUCGGGCAAGAGGAAUGUCGUUCUUUGUGUGAGAGACGAGAAAAUGGAGGUUUCUGAAGCGGGUCCCAAGAUUUCUGCUUCAGUGGACGAGAAUGGCCCCCCCACCAUACCCUGGGCUGUACCGUGCAUUACCUGUGACAUGGUGGAAGGGUCAGUGUUCAAGACCUUUUCACACAAGGCCCUCCUAGGACACUAUUACCUGGUGAUCUUCUACCCAAACGACUUCUCCCCCCUGGCACGCAGCGAGCUCCUUGCCUUCUCAGACCGCAUGGGGGAGUUCACCGCGUUGGGCUGCAAAUUGUUCGGCUGCUCGACUGAUUCCAAAUACAAUCACUUGGCAUGGUUCAAUACCUCAAGAGAGAAUGGUGGAUUAGGGCAGCUCAAGUUCCCUCUCCUGGCUGACAAAAGUACAAAGUUCUCAGCCUCGCACGGUGUUCUGAAUGAGAGGAAGAAAACAACGCCACUGAUGCUCCUCAUCGUUGAUGCCAAGCAAAAUGUCCGACAGAUGAUCCUGAGUGAUGAGACAUCGUGUCAUAAUGUUGAUGAAAUCCUUCGCCUAGUUAGUGCCAUCCAGUACGCUGAUAAUACGGGGAAAAAUUCAAGGAAUAGGGAAAGCAGGUGCAGUCACUAGGACCUAGAUAGAUUCCUUGACGGCUGAGCACAAGUGGAGCCAUCUUUUGCCCGGGCAACUGGAAGCCCGGAGAUGAGGGCCUCUCCAACCAUUGCCCGUUGCAGAAAGCGACCUCGGCAUCCAAGUAGUGCGUUCCUACAAUGUGUCCUGAGUCGUCUAAACAUUCAAAGGUCUUACUCAAAGAACUAGACAGAAAGAGUCUGCUGUUCCCUCCUACUUGGGGAGAAGGACUUUGAGUUUUAUUUUAUGUUUCAUGGUGGUAUGGAUGCUUGGGCACUAGUCAUCAUAUAUGCGAUAUAUUUUUUUUCAGCAAGUUCCUAUGUCUUUUUUUUUUCUUUUUCUUUUUUUGCCAUCCCGGUUGGCACAAAUUUUAUGACAGUAUUUCAUACAUGGUAUUUAGAUAUGUUCUCUUUUAGUAUAAUAUAAAAAUAUUUCCUCAUAGGGGACAUUGCGUAGACAUUUUUGUAUCCAUUGUGACAGUGGAAAUGCAGCUAGUGAAAGAAGGUACUAUGGAAUGGAAUAUUACGUACAAAACAUUGCAUUUAUCCAAGAUGAGGUUUUGUGAGCGGUGUGAUGUUCUAUGUGAUAAGGAGCUGUGAUAAAAGGUCCUUUAUAUUUUUUUAAGUAUGGCUGAAUUUACAACUUCCCAUAGCAUUAUGUUUGUCAGUCAAAAUCCAAACUCGAAGUUUGUGAAAAGUUCCGUGGUCAGUAAGAUACUGUUAACUAAGGUUGCAUACAUUUGUAAAAUGUAACAUGUAUCUGUGUUUUCAUGUUGUGAAAAUGAACUUAGACUUUUGUACUGUAGUAUUCAGAUUUCAAUAAGUAUUGUAAGUUUUGGAUACUUAAUAAGCUUUGGAAAAUGUAUAAGUGUUCCAUGUAGCAGCUUUUUGUGGAUCUGCUUAAUGUAUUUGCUCAUGUUAAUGACUUCCAAUGUUUUUAGAGAAGAUCUGAUAAUUUAAUUUUUGUAUUAAUUGUUUUUGUGAGUAAACAAGUUUCUUUCCUUUG